AUGAGGAGGAGAAAAAGACAGGAAAGAAGCAUAAGGAGUCACCGUCCAAAUGUCCAAGUAGAAAGAACAAUGGAGAGAGAAUCAUGGAGCAUGGCGUGUCCAGCGCAUUGACCAUGCGAUUACUGAGUAGUAGAUGAGAAGAUAUGACAAACCAUCUUCGACUUUGACGCUCUGCUCAACUGUGGGACCCAACCUUGCUGCGUGUGCCAACAAGGUUCUUCAACGGAAAAAAAAUAAAGGCUGAUUAAUUUUCAGAAGAAAAAAAAAAAAACAAUUAAUCGAAGUUGAAAUCAGUGCCAAAGAUCUGUUGUUGUAGGAGUUGGUUCUAUACAGUCACCGCUGCUGGAUUUGAUGGAGGCAGCUGCUUCGGCGUUGAACAAGUCCGGUAGCGGAGGUUCGGAGCGGAGCAGCAGCGAUGAGAAAGGGAUGUUCGAGUAUUUCGGUUGGGUUUAUCACCUUGGAGUUAAUUCCAUUGGUCACGAGUACUGUCACCUCCGAUUCCUUUUCAUUAGGGGCAAGAAUGUCUUCAUGUACAAGCGUGAUCCUCACGAUAACCCUGGCAUUAAACCCAUCAGGCAGGGAGUUGUUGGGCCCACACUAAUGGUGGAGGAGCUAGGCCGUCGGAAGGUCAACAAUGGGGAUGUUUACGUUUUAAGGUUUUACAACAGAUUAGAUGAGGCCAAAAAGGGAGAAAUUGCUUGUGCUUCAGCUGGCGAAGCUCGGGGAUGGAUAGAAGCAUUUGAUCAUGCCAAACAACAGGCUGAGUAUGAGCUGUCAAAAGGAGGCAGUGCUAGGGACAAACUAAACAUGGAGGCCGAGAUCAACCUUGAAGGACAUCGGCCUAGAGUGAGGCGGUAUGCCCGUGGAUUGAGAAAGCUUAUAAGAAUUGGCCAAGGCCCGGAGACAUUGUUACGCCAAUCAUCGAAGUUGGCAGUUAGGCCAGAUGCUUUUGAAGGAGAUAGUGGAGAUGCAUUGGAAGCACACAAGUGGAAAUGUGUGCUUACCACAGCUGGUAUAAGAAUCUUCGAGGAUGUUUCUGAUCGCAAGAAUGGUAAGGGCGUUCUUGCAAAGUCCGUUGGUGUUAUUGAUGCAACUGCUGAUACAGUUUUUGAGGUGAUUUUGAACACUGACCAACGGCAAAGAUAUGAGUGGGAUAUUUUGAUGUGUGACUUGGAGCUGGUGGAAUCUUAUGAUGGACACUACGAUGUUGUUUAUGGGACAUAUGAUCCUAAGUAUCUAUCCCGGUGGCAUUCAAAGCAGGAUUUUGUCUUCUCUAGGCAAUGGUUUCGUGGACAAGAUGGAGCAUAUACUAUUUUACAAUUUCCGGCGAUACAUAAGAAAAAGCCUCAAAGAUCUGGAUAUCGACGUGCAAAAAUUAAUCCAUCUGCAUGGGAAAUUAGAAAUUUGCACACACCUAUGGGGUUGAAUAGCCCAAGAUGUCUCGUUACCCAUACUUUGGAGGUUGACUCUAGUUCCUGGCAUCAAUGGAAGAAAAGCCAGUGCUCAAAAUUUGAGAGGACUGUUCCUUAUGCAUUAUUAUCCCAAGUGGCAGGUCUAAAGGAAUAUAUCACUGCCAAUCCAAUACUACAUCAAGAAUAUGCCACCACAAUUGUACAUCCCAAAAGCUCUGAUGGUUCCAUUUCCAGUGGUGAAUAUGAGGAUGAAGUGCAAGAUGAGUUUUAUGAUGCAAUUGCUGCUGAAUCAUCAUCGUCAGAUGAAGAAAGUGAUGAUGAUGAUGAUAAAAAUUAUGAAAAGGGGCCAAGAGUCAAACUAAAGAAUGUAUCAUGGGCCAUCACAACCUUAGCUUUGAAGCGAACUGCAGCUCCUGUUCUGAGUGAAGAAUUGGAUCCCCAUGUUACACCUGUCAGUAUUAACCCAAGUGAUUUGCGUGGUUCUUUACACGAAGGAAAGGAUGACAAUGACACAAAUUGUUGGACUUCUCCUAGUGGAAAAGGAUUUAUGAUCAGGGGAAAGAACUAUCUUAAAGAUAAUUCUAAGGUAGUUGGAGGAGAUCCGCUUUUGAGGCUCAUAGCAGUUGAUUGGUUCACAGUCGAACAAUCUGUAGACAAAAUUGCUCUGCAUCCUAGAUGUCUGGUUCAGUCGGAAGCUGGGAAAAAGCUUCCAUUUAUCCUUGUCAUUAAUCUUCAGGUUCCUGCUAAACCGAACUAUAGUCUGGUUCUGUAUUUUGCGGCUGACAGACCUAUAAAUAAAGAUUCUCUAUUGGCUAAGUUUGUAAAUGGAAGUGAUGCAUUUCGGGACUCAAGAUUCAAACUUAUUCCAAGCAUAGUUGAGGGAUAUUGGAUGGUUAAGAGAGCCGUUGGAACAAAAGCUUGCUUGUUAGGGAAAGCUGUGACAUGUAAAUACUUUAGACAAGAUAAUUUUUUGGAGAUUGAUGUGGACAUUGGAUCGUCCUCUGUGGCUAGGGGUGUCAUCGGCCUUGUUCUGGGAUAUGUUACCAACAUUGUUGUUGACCUAGCAAUUUUGAUUGAGGCGAAGGAGGAGGAGGAGUUGCCAGAGUAUAUUCUUGGAACUGUUAGAUUAAAUCGUUUGAAACCUGAAACUGCAGUACCAUUGGAGGUUUAAGGCCUUGGAGUAGAUAUAUAAUAGUUUGAAUGAAUUGUGGAGAUACUUUAGUCUCUUUUAUUAUUAUUUUUUCUCCUCUCUGUCACUACGCUAGCUAAAGUGUGAAAUUUUAUUUUAUUUUAUUUUUUUGAAUUAAAAGAUAAUUCAUUAAGGAGCUGAUACAACUCAU